GAAAAAAACUUUUCAUUCUCCGAGUUCCCGUUAUUAGUUCCGCUAAUAAGAUGGCACGCGGCCACCAUCUGUCCGCAAAAUUAUCAUUCUCUAAACGAAUGGAGAAUGCACGGACAGCUACCAGGUGUUAAAACGCCAUUAGCUUAGCCGCUCGUGGCUCAUGUCGUCCCAGCUUAACUUCCGCAGGCCCACCUUAGCGACGGCAACCACUCACCGAAACCAACCAGCUCCAAGACCUAGGAUUCUAAUUUCGUCCCUUCUAAUUGCCAGAAUUCCCCCUCCAUCAUUCUCAAAAUCACGUCUCUAUGUCGUUCAAUUACCUAUACCAAAAGCCUGAACCCAGGGUAAUAAAACGCUGCAUCCAUCCAGUGGCAUCGCCGUAAUUAAUCUACAUUAAACCUGCAUAUUCGAAGCCAUUCUUCAAUACAAAUUCAGGAAUCGGGAUGUAAUGUUCUCACUGCCGGAACUUGCCUAAAACCGAUGGACUUCUUUCAGUCACUUCUAUCGCUCUUCCUACUUUUCUCCUCCGCCGCCAUCGCAGCUAACGGCAAUCACCAAUCAACGUACAUCGUCCACGUGUCACCAUCCCUCCGGCCAUCUACAACCCCGUCGCCGGUCCACUGGUACUCCUCCACUCUCCAGUCCCUCCCUCUCCACCCACCCCCCGAGAUCCUCUACAUCUACGACCGCGUGGCUGCUGGCUUCUCCGCCCCCCCCCAAGCCGCCGCCCUCCGCCGCCUUCCACACAUCCUCUCAGUUGUGCCCGACCGUCCCCGCUCACUCCACACCACCCACUCCCCCUCUUUUCUCAACCUCUCCCCAUUCGCCGGCAUCUGGCCCCUCUCCUCCUACGCCUCCUCAGUCGUCAUAGCAGUCCUUGACACCGGUAUCACCCCUUCCUCUGCUUCUUUCCUCGCAGAUCCCUCCUUCCCAUCUCCCCCCUCCGCCUUCCACUCCUCCUGCGCCUUCCCAAAUUCCUCCCUCUGCAACAACAAGCUCAUCUCCGCUAAAUUCUUCUGCAAGGGCUAUGAGGCAGCUCUCGGUCACCCCAUGGAUGAGACCAUCGAGUCCAGAUCGCCGUUAGACACUGAAGGCCACGGAACCCAUACCGCUUCCACCGCCGCCGGCGCAGCAGUCGCCGGCGCCAGCUUGUUUGGCUACGCCCGUGGAGAAGCUCGAGGGAUCGCUACCAACGCCCGCAUCGCGGCGUACAAGAUUUGCUGGGCCCCUGGCUGCUUCGAUUCCGACAUCCUCGCUGCUAUGGACGCCGCAGUCGCAGAUGGCGCCAACGUCAUAUCGCUGUCCGUCGGUGCAAACGGCUAUUCACCGCCUUAUUACCGCGACUCUAUCGCGAUUGGUGCUUUUGGCGCCGCCCGGCAUGGCGUGGUAGUGUCCUGUUCAACAGGCAACUCUGGUCCUUAUGCCUACACGGCCGUCAACAUCGCGCCGUGGAUUAUAACCGUUGGGGCUUCCACACUCGAUCGCGAAUUUCCUGCCGAUGUUGUCCUCGGUGAUGGGACGCUUUAUAAAGGCGUCUCCCUCUACUCCGGCGUCUCCCUCUACUCCGGUGACAAAAGCAUCAUUGCCGCAGGUUUACCUCUUGUAUACGCUGGCGACUGCGGGUCUCGGCUAUGCAUUUCCGGCCAUCUGGAUGCAUCAAAAGUGGCUGGCAAGAUCGUACUUUGCGACCGCGGUAACAAUGCGCGGGUAGAAAAGGGCGGAGCUGUUAAGAUCGCGGGAGGAGCUGGCAUGAUCUUAGCUAAUACGGAAGACUACGGCGAUGAACUUACAGCAGAUUGUCAUCUCAUUCCCGCGACCAUGGUUGGGGCUUUAGCCGGGGACAAGAUCCGCGCUUACAUAAGCACUUCGUCUUCUCCAACGGCUGCCAUUGUUUUCCGUGGAACCGUCAUUAGCAGCCACCCUCCGGCACCAAAGGUGGCAGCUUUCUCAAGCCGGGGCCCCAAUUACCGCACGCCGGAGAUUCUAAAGCCCGACGUGAUAGCACCCGGCAUCAAUAUACUAGCGGCGUGGACCGACAUGGCGAGUCCGACGAAUCUUGACAUUGACACGAGGAGAGUCGCUUACAAUAUCAUCUCCGGGACCUCCAUGUCCUGCCCGCACGUCUCCGGCAUCGCAGCGCUUCUCCACGGCGCCCAUCCAGAUUGGAGCCCUGCGGCCAUUAAAUCCGCUCUCAUCACCACAGCUUACAACCUCGAUAACUCCGGCGAGACUAUCAAGGAUCUCUCCACUGAAGAGGAUUCAACGCCGUUUGUUCGCGGCGCCGGCCAUGUGGAUCCGAACAAAGCACUGGACCCUGGCUUGGUCUACGACGCCGGCUUUGAAGAUUAUAUCGCCUUCCUCUGCUCCAUUGGUUACAGCCCGAAUCAGAUUGCGGUGUUCACAAGGGAUGAAACCAGAGUGGAUUGCUCCUCGAAGGCCUUAUCCAAUCCUGGAUCACUCAACUACCCGUCGUUUUCUGUUGUGUUCUUGAAUAUCAAAGAUGUGGUUACUUACAGGAGGACGGUGAGGAACGUUGGCUUAGGACAUUCUGGUUCUGUAAAAUAUAAGGUGGAGAUUGCGAGCCCGUUGGGGGUGAGUGUGACGGUGACGCCGGAUGAGCUGGUCUUUGAUCUUUUGAACUCGAGCUUGUCUUAUGAGAUAAAGUUUGCGUCCAUGGCUGGAUCUGAGGCGGAGGGUUCUAAUCAGUUUGGUUGGAUUUCUUGGAAUGAUGGAGUUCAUAAGGUGAGGAGCCCCAUAGCUGUUACGUGGCGCCGUAGCUAUGUCUCAUCUGAGUAAGAUUUGUAAUAUCAGCAAUCAAAGUGGAAAAUUUAUUAGGUGACGUGGGUGUAAAUCUAACACUCCAUAUUCUUAAGCAUAGAUUAUGGCUGCCAGUAUUAUGUUUAGUUCUUGUGUCUCCUACGGUGUUUUAGUGUUGUUGUACAAGAAUGGACAAAAGGGAAAAUGAGUUGGAUGUAAAUGGAUUGUUUCUUCUGUCUUCAUCAAGCUCCUCUCUUCCCGCCUUCUAUGGAUCUCGCUAUGGCCUCCUUCCCAGACAAGCGUCCCAUAGGUUAGGGCCUGCACAUAAGGAGUGUUAUUUAUAUCUUUUUAAAAUGACAUUUUUAGUCCUGUGUAUUUACUCUUUUGCCAUUAAUAAUGCCUAUAUAUAUGCGCACUUAUGUAUUUGUAAAUGUAAUGGGAAAAUACAGAUAACGAAAUAUAGCACCACUCAUCUUUCUUCAGGCUUCCUUC